AGACACCAAGUGUGUGUUCCUCAUUGUUCCCACAUGCUUGCGAGUUCCUUUCAUUUAGAGAGGAUCUAGAUUCAUAUACACGCUCUACGAGGACAUUUUUUCACGUUUCAACUCAUAGUCACUCUCUUUCUGUAUUUGUCUCUUUCUCUGUCAGUCUCUUUCCCUUUAUUUGUUAUUUUCGUUCUUUAAUUUUUGUUCUUCUUUCCCGAAUCUAUCCCUUCCCACGACUUGUUUAGGCUACAUUGUCGGACGAGGCCAAGGAAGUGUACAACAGCCUUGUGGAGACGCCCAGCAUAGAGACCUCUCCGGACACGAACCCUCUGCGCAUGUUGCGCUCUGGAUUGCCCGUUGUUAGGCCUAGGAUUCGUGGGAACAAGCACGCCACGCUAGGCUAUCCGGUGUCCCAUCAGGAUGACUUGGCUACUGACCAUUUCCACUUCGACACCUAUCACAGCGGUUCCAAAACACUGCCAAAAAUCAGGGCACCGCCACCACCACACGCGCCGCCGCCCCUACCUCAAUCGCGCCAUUUAGAAAGACAUCACUCAGCCCAGGAAAUAGAGAACAACCAAAAUCAGAGUAACGUGGACGAGAAUCCUAUACCGUUACCACCUAGAGACAGGUCCAAGACGCUGCAACCAAAAUCUAGUUUACCUAGGCAUCAGAGGAAACAUCCUCUAAUUAUACCAGGUGGUGGUGUAACCAGAACUUUGGCCAAGAUGGCAGUCACUACGCCGCCCAUCGAGGACCAGGUGGAUGGAAGUUUGCAGAGUACGAGUUCUUCCAUAGCCAGCAGCUCAUUACAAGAGGGCUAUUCGUCAGAGAAUUCAACUAAUAGUCCAGAAGAAUUCGAACAACGUAUAGACUCCGAAUUAGCUGCAUUGGAUUCGUUGCCAGCAGAUGAAAAUAGAUUACACCGUUUCAGUGUCAUCUCUGAGGAUCUGCUCGAGUUCUCCGAUAACUUGAUCGAUUGUGAUACCCCAGACUAUCGACAGAACAUGCAAGAAAACAGUGACAUACAAUCGACUGAUUCUUCCACUGAACGACUCCAGAGAAAGAUUAGCAUCGAAUCAAAAACUUCAGUCAGAAGUUCUACUUCGAAGUACGUUCAAGAAAACGAGGCAGGUGAAGCAAGUAGAAAUUCCACUCCAUCAGAUUUAAACAAAUCAGAAGAUUCAAUGGUCUCUGGAAAAGGUGACCUCCUCACCUCUAACAAAGUCCAAACGUCCAAAAGGACGCCAUUAGUUCAGAGGCCCUCAAAUUAUAUGAUGCAGUUCGAUUAUGGGGAAUAUUCAGAGAAUAAUUCACAAUCACGGUGUAAUAUGGGCAAACUACAAUCAGAGAUAUCGAAAGAACCUUCUAUUACUGAUUCGAAUGAUAGCUUUCAUUCUGCGGGUCUAACAGGCACUUAUAAUAGGUUAUCUAACGAGAAGCUGUCAGGACACACGAGUGAUCUGUCGCGACAGUCCGAUCAUGUUUCAUGCGAAGAUCUAUUGGAGUUCGCCUGUGACGGCCCAAACGCGAGGAGAACCCGUGGACCUCGAAAUGGAGAACAAUCUGACGAGGUUAGGAUCAUGAUGAAGGUGCUGCAUGAACAGUCCACUCCAGAAUCAUGCAUAGCCGCGUUAAACGUUACUGAUUGGGAUGUGCUAGCAGCAAUUAAACUGGAACGUCUUCAGGGGUUGCUGAAAAAGGAGAACAACUUUGUUGGGCUGGAGGAUUGCAAGGUUAUGUUAAAUCAAUGUGGUGGUGAUGUCGUGAAGGCAGCCGCGUUAUUGAGAAGCACCGAUGACACUGCUGCGGUUUAGUCGAUAUUUUUUUGAUAAUUGGAAGGUUUAUUUGAGAUUAAUGAUAAUCUGACAUGUAAGCGUUUUUGUGGAACACGCUUGAUGGGGUUAGAUUAGGGUAGCAUUUUCAAAGUUAAAAUGUUUUUCCGUUUUAUACCCGCGCGAAUUCAUGCGACGUUUAUUUAUUAUUUUAGAGUUAGUUAGAGUGAGAUUAUAGUGUUCGAAUAUAUCGUUGUGUGUUGCCUGGGACAAGAUAGGCAUUUUGAUAGAGCUUUUGCAGAGGAAUGGCAUACAAUUGUCCACCAGAAAUGAAGUCAGCUAGUUAUUUUUACCUUCAUGCGUAUUAGAAAGAAUGUUCAAAAUAAAGCAAAUUGUAAUUAUUUUUUCUGGUAACUUAAUAUCAUACAGGGUGAGUUGUUAUAGGUUAGGAUAUUAAAUCUAGAGAACUGUCCAUUUGAAUACUUAUUAAAAUUCUACGCGAAAUAAUUAUAUUUGCUUUGGACAUUAUGAUAUCUUCCAAAUUAAGUAUUUUCUUUCUGGUGGGUCAACCUGUACGGAGUAAUAGCUUUUUUUAUUUAAUUCGUUAGCGAGAGGGAGAUAAAUAGCGUUUCUUCCUCUUCUUCGUCUAAUAUGAACGUAAUGUGAUAAUUUGCACAAUAAAUGUAUCGCUCUGAUCAGGUUUUUGUGAUCGGACAAAUCGUACGUAAUAGAAGCAUAACUGAAUACAUAUAUACGUGCAUAUGCAAUUUUGCAUCUUCAGUUAAGCAAAUAUUAAGAGAAAGUAUUACGAAAUCUAUGACUAAGCAGUAAAUUAAUCCUUAUACCGCGUGUUGCACCGAUCAAAAAUUUUAUAAAUUUCUUCUAAUUCUUUCUAUAAAAAUCUUUCGUUAGUUAUAUCUUUUCUGUUAUUUGAAAAGAUUACGCAUAAAGAAUCGUAUAUUUUAUACAGAUCUAUCAUUUGAUAUCAUUAAAUGUUAUCUUACGAGAUCUAACCUACAAAUCAAACGAUUCUUCAAUUUUUUUCAUUACUUUUCAAUCUUCAAAACAUAAGAAGGUAUAAAAAGGGCAAAAAGAUGUUUUACUGCUAGAAACGAUAUUCGAUUCCAAAGAUAAUAUUUGCACGGUAUUAUUAUUUGGGUAUCAUGCGCACCGUAGAUUAGUGUUCGAUCGUAUUCAUCGUACAUCGUACAUCGAGUUUCUGUAACCGAGUCACCCCGAAUGAAAAGAGACACCCACAUUUUUAUGAUGGUGAUUAGCAAACUAUUUUAUUCUGUAUUAAGCGCGAGUUUGUAUCUGAUAAGUGGUAGAUAUUAAAACACGUCGUGUGUGCGUAAUUAACGCUGAAAAUCAGCACAAAUGGGAGAGAGAAUGAGAGUGAAAGAAACAUGAGAGAGAACUGCUUGUUAUGAUAUUUUUGUUAUGAUUCAAUGUCCAAAAUCCUGGAUCGAGAAUUUUCUUUGCAGAACAUUUUGUAGCUUGUACAGGGGAGGGGGGAAUUUUUAUAUUUUGACCCGGUAGUAGGGUACGAUAAGCACCAAAUAUUAUGUAUGGAAUCUUUGUGUUCAGUAAGAUUGAUUUUUAUAUUUUGCUAAGCAAAGCUUUCGUGUUAACCUUGUUAAGUUAUAAGAGAUAUGUAAUUCGAUUCGACUGGGGGAAAGGGGGGGGCAUAAAAGAGGAAAUUGUUAAUAAGCGUGCAUAAAAAACGAAUAAAAUUCAUGACACGUUUGAUUAACAAUCUCAACGGCGGAGAUUUUUCUAUUACUGUUUUGGACUCACUAAGUGUCUCAGGUAAAACAAAUUUCGUUUUUCUCUUGUGUAGUAUCUCCAAGAUCGUACAAAUCGUAGUUCCAAUUUCUAUAGUGGUCUCUAGCUAAACUUUGGAUUGCACGAUCUUCGAGAUACAGGGUAUGUUUGAAAAUGUUCAGCAAUUUGAUAAGUCGAACAACAUAUCCGGAAUAGAACUCGUUUGAAUUAGAGCAAAAUUGCAUACUGUUUGAUUGACAGAUAUUUUUCCAUCUUUUUUGUACGAGAGCCUUUUCUACAGACACUUCCUUUAGUCAAUCUUGCUAUAAUUGAAACGAGUUCGAGGAACAAAUUUGCUCAUUGUAAUUUCGCGUAGCUGACUAGUACCACACGCGUCUGUAAUGUUUUAUUACGAGAAGAAUGUUAAAAAAAAAAGAAAAAAAAA